UGACCACUAUUUGUGUUUAAUUUUAGAAUUUUUUAUUAUGUAAAAUAUUACUGUUGAUUUAUAUUAAUAAAAUGAUUUAUUUUGACUUUGAACCUUAAUAUAACAGUCUUUAAGUAAAAUCGUUUACAACUGUCUCAGUUUAAUAAUUUAUAGUACAGAUUGAGAAUGGAUGAGCUAGUGGAUGAAUUAGAAAACGUUAUAGAAGAAGAUUCAAGUAAUGUUGGAUCAGUGGAGGACGGUAACAAGGCUUCUGGAAGUUAUACCAACUCUCAACUCGAGGAUGACCUCGAAGGCUCAAUAGCUGGAGCUAACACUAACCUGAGUGAUUUUACUGAAGCUAGUGGCUCCAAUUUGGAUAAUUACAAUAAGCCAGAACCGACAAAACCGAGUGAAACUUUAAAUGGUACAGAAGUGAAAUUUGAGGAUUCUAAAUCCUUUGGUAAGAAAGGUGUUGAAGUUGGCCGUAUUCUGGCCAGACGUGGAUUAUUUUCCUCAGAUGUUCUCAAUGAGGAGACUUUGUUUACAGGAAGUACCAGAGCACAUGACUAUCAAAGGACACGUCGUUAUCAAGCUGCUGAUACUAAUGUGAAGGACUUAAAUGACCCAGGCCUUAACGACAAGAGUUGUGUUUUACGUUUGCCGGAGUAUGCUGCAGAUUUGGUUAAGGAAAGACUAGCAAAAAGUGAGCCUUUGGGGAUUACAGUAACCCCUACUGGAAGGUAUGAUUUCAGAGAAUACAAAGUUGAGAUAAAAGGCCUAAUAACACCUUUAUUUGCAAUUCUGGGUGAACUUCCGUGUGUUAUUGAGGCUCACAAGACGCUUAAUAAUGACUUAUUGUUCAAGUCAGCUGAUAUUUCACAACUGAUGAUCGCAUAUGAGAAGGAUCAGGCUGAGAAGGUGGCUGAGAUUUUAAAGGAUAGAAUGUGGGAGUGGCCAGACGGCUUAACUCCAGGUACAAAAAACAUUAGAAAGAGGAGAUUUAAAAACUACGACGAUUAUUCAAAUGAGGAGAUAAAGGAAGCUGAAAGGGAGUCGUUGAUCCUAAUGAACGGUUUAGUGAGAGAUACAUACCACUUUGAGAUUAAAACUACUCAGGAUGUCAAUGACCUCGUCGCCAGUUAUAGAGCUGGAAAUAUUAAGGAAAGAGUUAUUGGACCAGAUGAGGACGUUGCAGUGUAUAUAAAAGCUCUAGAGGAACAGGAAAAUGAAGAGUUUCCCGAUUUAUCUGAAAUCAUGUUCGACUCCGACAUCGGCAACAUACCAAACAAAUUCAUUUACAAUAACAUUAAAAACAGGAUUUUCAACAACCCUAUUUAAUCUUACUACAAUAUUACAAGAGUUUAAUAAACAAAUUUAAUCUUACUACAAUAUUAUAUACAAUUUGUCAUGUAUAUUAAUCGUAAAUUUCAGUAUCUCGGAAGCUUGGAGUUAUAAGCUGAACGAAAGAUGCGAUAAUGAAGGGGAAGAGCAGAGGAAACACGUUUGAAAAGAUAAAGUAAAAAGUACGUAUAAGCCUUAAUGUAGAGCUUCUGCUGGACCUAACGAAAGUUAUGCAGCCUAAAAUUUGAUUAUAA